ACGAACAGCGGAUCAAAACAGUAGUGAUCCAGCGGGGAGAGGAGGAGGAGGAGGAGGAAGAGGGACUGAGGGGAAAAAAAAACAAACAAUAAAAAAAAGAAAAGAUUAGAUAAAAACAACAACAAUAAUAAAUUUAUAAUAAUUUUGAAAUGCCAAGCAAGAAGAAGAAAUAUAACGCGAGGUUUCCUCCGGCAAGGAUUAAGAAGAUCAUGCAGACGGAUGAAGAAAUAGGCAAAGUUGCUGCUGCAGUUCCUGUCAUAAUCUCGCGGGCACUCGAGCUCUUCCUGGAGUCUCUCCUGACAAAAGCGUGCCACGUCACCCAGUCCCGCAACGCCAAAACCAUGACGACGUCACAUUUGAAACAGUGCAUCGAACUUGAGCAGCAGUUCGACUUCCUGAAGGAUCUGGUGGCGGCGGUGCCGGACAUGCAGGGAGAGGGGGACGAGAAUCACGCAGAGGGAGCGGAGAGGAUCCCGCGCAGCAGAGGCCGAAAGCCAGGCUCAGGACGCAAGAACGGGGGAGCAGGAGUCAAAGGCAAAGACAAGAAGCUGUCAGGGACAGAGUCUGAACAAGAGGACGACUCUGAAGACAGCGAGACAGACGGAGACGAGGAAGACAUCUCCCAGCCCAACGCGCACCAUCAGGCAGCAUCCCAUUUUCACAGCCCAGACAUGCCCCCUCAAUACAUGCCCAUGCCCAUGGGUGCCCCUCAGACCACCCUCGCCAUGCCCAUCAGCUCCUUCAGCUCCCAGGCUCCGGUUAUGGGCGUGAUCGCGCCUCCUCCCGGCACGGCGCUGCACAAAGAAGAACAGGACGAUGACGAAGACUACGACUCUUAGCUCCCCGUCGUCCCGGCAACCCCGGUCGAAGCGUUUUACAUUCGUGUUUUUUUUUUUUUUUCUUCGUUCUCCCCCCCCCCUAAGUUGUCCUUGUUUGGCUGCAGAACGCAGAAACAGACGACGCCCAGACGCCGGCGAAGGGCGUCAGCAAUCAUGCAGCCACAGCGCAAGAAGAAGAAGAAGAAUAAUGGGUUGUAUAUUAGCUGAUGUGUUUUAAUUUCUUUUUUUAAGAAUUCUUGUUUUACUGUCCAGCUUCAAAGAGGACAAUUGGUUUAGACUAUUUUUAAAAUACAGAAAGAAGAAAAAAUUUACACGGAAAACUUGCUUUCUUGGCCAGCAGGCUCUUUUGAGAAACGGCCCUAAACAUUUUUUUUUUUCCUUUCGUAUCUUUUCUUUUCUUUUAAUUAAAAACCUAGCAUAGAUGUUCCCUGUAGUCUUUUGCACUUUGUUUUUGUUUCUCGGUUCAUCCUAGGCUGCCAUCCUCCUUUUCAAUCCGCUGACUUAAAAUUCUUUUCAUCGUUCGAUUUGAGUUUAAAAUAUCGCUGUGAUAUACCUUCACGAAGGACGUAUGCGUUAUUAGGAAAUGUGAUGUAUCAUGUCACGUACGUGUAAUAACUCUCCAAGACAGAAGUGGUCAGACCUCCUCCCAGUUACGGCUGUUUGCUGUGUUGAGCUUAUUUAAAUUUUUUUUUUUUUUUUUUUUUUUGGCCUAUUUUAAAUGCCAAGUUUUAUUUGCCUUCAACGCAACUCUUACCAAAGCAAAAAUUUCUUUUCAUUUCAAAUUAUCUUAGAACGUUUUAAAACCAGAUAUAAGUAUUGGCCUUUUCUUUUCCCCAUAAGGAUUUUUAUUACAUUUGUAAUUUGUUUUAUUUUUUAAAUAUAUAUAUUUUUUUUUGGCCAGCCGUGCUCCUCAAAGCUCGAUCGAGGUGGUGGUUACCUUUCCUCCAGACCACACUGUCCAACCAAAUGCACAUUUAUAUCCCCGUUAUUCAUAAUCUUGUAUCUUUUAAAUUCUUUUAAUGUUCUAAUGCGAAGCCUGAGACGAGCUGGAACAUUUCAUUCUCUCUCUUUCCCUCUUCCUCUUCCUCUCUCUUUCCCAACUACCUAUUUUUGUCUCUCUUCAGGUGUAUAAAGUUUGGCUGCUCAGAGGCUGUAUGUAAAACUUUUAACAUUCUUAUUAUUUUGUAUGAGUGAAAUAAAGUGCAAAUUUCGGUA